GAAAACAAAGAAAAGGCGAAAGUGUUCGAGAAAAAAUACUGAGCAAAAUAAGGUCAAACACUCUUCCUCAACGGAACGUAGGAAUUGGCUUGUUCCCAAAACGCACUAACGCAAGUCGCGUUGGAUGCGCACAAAUUUAUUGCGACGACAAUGCGCCCCAGAAAGCGGAGAAGAUAAAAAAGUUUGUGUCUAUUUUACCCUACCACCCUUAACAAAAUUGGGCUUUCCUUGCCCGAACUUUUGCAGGGGAGAUGAUCCGUGCAACCCUCCCUUCCACAAACACGUGCCACCAAAUUGCAUUGAACUUUGCAUGUCUUGAAAAGACUAGGGCAUCCGAGUUUGUGUCUCACUGGAUUGGUACAAACGCUGCAGAAACGUCGCUUGAGGCGCGGCUGCUCAUUUUACUUCCACUCCGUUCUGUGUUGCGCUGCACGAGCCGUUCAAACCGCGCUCUCGCUCGCCAUCAGAUCGCUGCUCUUCGGCGGCAAAGCAGUUUCUUUUAGGGAAAAUGGAUCAAGAUCAAUUCUCUCUUCAAGAAACAAAGCUGGUUGUUGAAGAAAAGAACGCUCUUUUGCUGCAGUCGGCUGGUCCGACGCCGCAAAUUAUCUCCAUUAAACAGCAAUUGGAGCAGGAUGGAAAAAACAAAUUAGGCUCGGUUGCAAAAGAAGUACUAACCGUUUUGCUUGCUGACUUGUCGUCCUUUGGCAAUGGUCUUAUUUUGGGAUACUCGGCCAUAGCUCUGCCGCAACUGCAGCACCCUGACAGUUGGUUGCCAGUCGAUGAAGAUGAAGCUUCUUGGAUCGCCAGCUUAUCAGCUUUGAGCUCAGCUUUAGGAUGCAUUUUGGUCGGCUUUUUGAUGGACCAAUUCGGCCGCAAGCGAACACUCCAAAUGCAGUGCGUUCCCACUUUCAUCGGCUGGAUUCUGAUAGCCUUAUCCUCAAACGUGUUAACCCUCUACGCUGGACGCCUGCUAACCGGCCUAGGCGGCGGAAUGGUCGACUGCACGAUUCAAGUUUAUAUAAGCGAAAUCACCACGCCAAUUCUGCGAAACUACUUGGCUUCGACGCCGAGCCUUGUAUUUUCGAUGGGGAUGCUGGUGGUGUACGUUAUGGGCGCGUCGCACCUGCAGUGGAACGUGGUAGCUGCAACUUGCGCCUCAGUCCCGCUUCUGCACUUCCUGGUGAUGCAUUUCCUGCCUGAGAGCCCGGUCUGGCUUAGGGCAAAGGGCAAGCACACACUAGCUGACCAAGCCAUGCGCUGGCUCAACAAGAGAUCUGACGACAGUAAUUGUUUUCGGGCGCAGGACACUACGGACACAACUUCCGCCUGGGAAUCUCUCGUCUCCAAACAUUCCAGAAGACCCCUGCUGGUCAUGUUGGUCUUCUUCUUUUUCCAGCAGUUUUGCGGCAUGAAUGCCGUAAUUUUUUACGCUGUGCAGAUCUUCCAGUCGGCGGACAGUGGAGUAUUGUCCAGCAACCAAUCUGCCGUGGUCAUCGGGGUGGCCAGGCUCAUUGUAAUUUGCCUGAGCUGUGUAAUUCUCUCCAAAAUUGGCCGCCGCCCUGUGUCAAUUAUCUCUGGCGUUGGCAUGUCAGUGUCCAUGAUCACAUUGGGCACCAUUAUGCAGCUGCAGGAGACACCAUCGCUUGCCGUCUCUCUGACCUGCAUGACUGGCUUCAUUGCCUUUAAUACAUUUGGUUUCCUUGUGAUACCCUGGGUAAUGCUGGGCGAGUUGCUGCCUGAAAAAUGCAGAGGACUUGCAUCUGGUCUCAUUACGUGCAUCGUCUACAUAUUCAUUUUCACCGUAGUAAAGAGCUACCCAUACAUGCUGGCUCUUUUAGGCGAAAGCUUAGUCUUUCUCAUUUUCGGAACCAUCUCGAUUAUUGGGACAACUUUUGUCUACUUUUUCUUGCCUGAAACGAAAGGCAAAACUCUCCUGGAAAUUGAACAUUCCUUCAGGAAAUAACUGUGAUGAUUCAAUUUUUGACAAACCAAUAUGAACUGUGAAGCACAUAUUUUUUAGAAAAUAAACAAGUAUUCUUUAAAUAACAAA